CAGCCACAGCUCGUAGAGUCGCUCCGAGGCGGCCAUGGCCCGGCCCGGCUCCGGUCCUGCUGCGCGCCACCUGCCGCCGCCACCUCCUCCGCGCCGCCCGCCGGUUGCCCUCGGCCAGGCCCAUGGGCGGCGGGCGUCACUCCGGGGCGGAGCGGCGAGGAACUCCCAGGGCAGCCCCUCUACACUGGCCUUUUCUCCUGCCCCGUCCAUCCUGCCACUGAGUGGACAUUUCCUGUAUCUGCUACCUGCAUACCAGGCACCCCACCUGAUGCAGGAGAUAGGGAGCCAAAAGACCCAGGACUUCCGGCUCUCUCAUUUUCGUCCUCGGAUUGGCUGUGAGAGUCAUCUACUCAUUGGGCCUGCGCAGUGUAAAACUGACGGAGAGGAGGGAUUGGCGGGCAAGAUGGCUGCUGCUGCGGCCGGUGUGGGCCGGCUAGAGGAAGAAGCGUUGCGGCGAAAGGAACGGCUGAAGGCCCUGCGGGAGAAAACCGGGCGCAAGGACAAGGAAGAUGCGGAGCCACAGACCAAGCAGCUUAGAGAAGGGGAGGAGGAGGGCGAGAAGCACAGGGAACUCAGGCUGCGGAACUAUGUCCCCGAGGACGAGGACCUGAAGAGGAGGCGGGUGCCCCAGGCCAAGCCCGUGGCAGUGGAAGAGAAGGUGAGGGAGCAACUGGAGGCCGCUAAGCCCGAGCCAGUCAUUGAGGAAGUGGACCUGGCCAACCUCGCACCCCGGAAGCCGGACUGGGACCUCAAGAGAGACGUAGCCAAGAAGCUGGAGAAGCUGGAAAAGCGGACCCAGAGGGCCAUCGCCGAGCUGAUCCGUGAGUGCAGGCCUGGCGAGGCGGGUCCCUGCCCUCUGGGUGGCAGCCCAGGUGCGGGGCCUCUCCCACCCCCUGUCUGCUGUCCAUCCAGGUGAGAGGCUGAAAGGCCAGGAGGACAGCCUGGCCUCUGCAGUGGACGCCACCAGUGAACAAGAGGCCUGCGACUCCGACUGAGGCCUGCCCCGUGGGAGGAAGGUGUUGGACAGCGUGGGGGCUGAGCUGGCCAUCACUUCCCGUUUGCCUUCAGAGCAGUGGCUCCCCACCCCGUCAGGGGGAGCCCGCCGUGGGGAGAGCCAGCUGCUUGUCUCCCGAGCAGCUCUGUGGCCUGCGCACGUGUGUGUACAUGUAUAUAUUGUGGACGGUCUUUUCUGUAAAUAGAAGUAAGCAGACCCCUGUGUGUGGCACAAAUCUAUCAAAUAUUUCCUGGGUCCUUGGGGUGCUUGAGUUUGGGUCCCAGACAGGGUGUGUAGAGGUGAUGCUUGAUUGAGAAAGCCCUGUGUGUGGCUGAGCAUAUGGGCUGACCUUCCGGGCUCAGUCCUUGGGCAGCGGUCAUCUCAGAACCCUGGAGGGACAGAGGUCUGAGAGAGUCUGGAGACCUGCGUGGGGCUAGGCUUGCUGUGUUUCGUGGGGCAGCUAGAGAGGCUCCCCCUGCUCUGUGGGCCCCUCGCAGUGGGACAGAGGGAGGAGCCUGGGUCCGUGCAGGGGUCAGCUUGGACCCAUUGCCACCACGAUUGAAAUUGAGGUUCCAUGGAAAAGGAAGAGAGAAAGGAUGCUGGGAGGGCAGCCAGCAGGGCCUGCCACAGGCGGUAGGAAGAAAUGGUGAGCAAAGAUAGGUAGACAUUGCAAAAAUCAGCAUUGACUGAUCUAGCAAGACAGAGGUAACAACAAAAAAAGACACAAAUUAAUAUAAAUAUUAGGAGUGAAAUAAGGUGAUCACUACAGAUUCCCCAGACACAAAAGGACAGGAAGGGGGUAUUGUAAGUAAAUGCCCAUGUGAGUUUGACAGGCUGAUGAAAUGAACCAAUUCCUUGAAAAGCAUAAACUACAAUUCACUCCAGAUGAAGGAGGUCAUUUGCAUAGCCCUGUAACUAUUAAAGACCCUGAAUUCAUAAUUAAAAAACCUCUGAAAAAUC